AUGAACUGCACGUGCAACGCAGGGUACGAGCGAUUCAAUGACAGUCUGUGUGAGGCUUGUCAGCCAGGGUUCUAUCGCGCCCAAGACGGAGAGCGGUGCCUCGCCUGUCAGCUGGGAUAUUUCUCUGCUUCCCCCUCUGCCACCACCUGCGAAGUCUGUUCGUCAGGCUCGUUUGCCAACGUCUCCGGCUCCUCCUCCUGCGAUCUCUGCCCUGCCAACUCCUUCGCCCCAUCGGGCAGCUCCAGCAGACUCAAUUGCACGUGCAAUCGAGGGUACACUGGGGCGAACGGGGGUCCCUGUCAAGCCUGUCCAGCUGGCAGGUACAAGAACCUUGACGGGAGCGGGUCCUGCUCGCCUUGUCCAGCUGGGAGCUAUAUGGAGUUGACAGGGUCAUCAUUCUGCUCCACGUGUCCUGCAGGCAUGUGGUCCAACAGCGGCGCGUCCUCUCUCAACGGCUGCUUCUGCAACGCUGGUUUCUACUUGCUGUCUGUUGGCGUCUGCUCUGCUUGCGAAGCAGGACAGUACACGAACAGGACGGGCAGCAGCGUGUGCACGCUCUGCGAGCUGGGAAAGUACGCUAUCCAAACAGGAAGCACGGCCUGCUCGGUAUGUCCUGGCAACACGACGACAAGCGGGAGAGGAAGCUCGUCCUUGUCUGACUGCGUGUGUGGCUUGGGCUUCUACAUAUCCACCCAAGGAUGUGAACUCUGCGAGAUCGGCAAGUACAAGGCUUCGAUACUGGAGAGCACCUGCUCUCCUUGCCCAGCUGACACCUACAUGGACUCGCGAGGAGCGACUGCCUGCUUCUCCUGCCGACCCAACUCCUACUCCUCGGAGUCGACCACCUCUGCUGACGGAUGUCUGUGCAACGAGGGCUUCCAGCUGGCCGAACGAGAAUGCGUCGGCUGCUUAGCAGGAACGUACAAGAGUGACGGACUGACUUCAUGCCAGCAGUGCCCAGCAGGCACUUACAACCCACAAACAUCCUCCACGAACAUGAGCUCGUGCUUGCCGUGUCCUGUGAAUUCCUUCUCUCCCGCCGGCAGCUCCUCUCUUUCCGCCUGCUCUUGCGAUGCUGGGUACGAGGUGCAGACAGUCGGAGGUGAGAGGAGGAGCGGAGAGGUGCGUGACUGA